AUGCUUACGAGCACACAGUCCGCACGAGUGUUCAAGCAUCCCCGCAACUUGAUCAGGAUAUCGUUUCUCGCCAUACCUCAACUACCCCAUUUCCUCUCGCUCAACUCUACCCCACUGCACCACGUCGCGUCGGCGCCACCUCCAUUUCAUGCGCCAUGGUACGCUCGCACUCUCUACCGCUAUCACAUGGGCUCAUUCCACUCCACCCUCCCUAGAUCCUGCUUACACUUUUGGUCGCGCCCGACGCCGGCAUGCGUGGGGAAGAGAGAGGCUGGCCACCUCUCUCGACUCUACCUUGUCUUGACGUCGGUGUCGCGUUCGCCUCUUGCGGGUCCGGAAAAGAUACGUACUCCCCACUCCCUGUCCUUGACUUCCCCCGCUCAUCAAUCUAUUCGUAGUCGCAAACCAUGCAAUACCUGCUAUCUUCAACCCUCCAACCCUCCGCCCGCUCUUCAACGUCUCCCUGGCAAUUUCUACGGUCCCUCUCUGGCGUGGUUCAACUCGGGUCUUGGUGACCCCUUUCAUUCAUCUACGCUACUCUCAGUCUUUCAAUGCAUUGAUGUGCAACUUCUCAUGCCGACACUCCCCGCCAUCUUUCAAUACGUACGCCCACUGCCUGCAGUGCCCUUACCUCCAGCGGGUUUCCUCCCCGUAGGCGCGGGACUUCCCAUGACUUUCAUACGUAUCUCCGUCGGGUCGCCCAACGUCGACAUGCGUGCUGAAGAGCGAGACUGGCCACCUCGUUCUAAAGCGCCAUGUUUGGACGUUGGUGCGCGCUCACAGGCCUCAAGCUCGAAGGAUUGUUCCUGGGGCCCGCACUUCGACCUCAUAUCAUUUCCACCUGUCCCUGGCAUUCGUCUCCCGCUCCCACCGUCAGCGAUGGCCUUUACAGCUCCCAACGUUUCGUUUCUACCAUGCUACUGCACAUCCGGUCUUUUCCGUUCAUAUAUCAGCUCGAUGCUCUUCAUGGCGUCGGUGGCGGCCAAUAUCGGCAUGUGCGGCGAGGAGCGAGGCUGGCCACCUCUCUCCGAGCCCAUAAGUCAUGGUGCUGGUAUCGUGCCGGCGCUACCGCUGUCACGUGCUGUGUAUCUUGGGCUUGCUGGCGUCAUACCCGUCGUACUCUCCCCUUCCCUUCUCUUCGAGGCACCGGUAGCGACCAGUACUGGCAUGCAUGAUCAGAAAGAGGCUGGCCACCUCUCACUGAUCGGCAUGUCAUGA